AUGACGACGACGAGGAGGAGGACUGCGACGGCGACAGCGAAGACGCAGCAGCAGCAGGUGUCCAGGCCCAGGGGACGCAGGGGCGCCUCCAGCAAACCCAGGGCCGGCCGCGCGCGCAGCCCCACACAGCUGCUGCGGCUGAAGCGGCACCGGCGCAUGAAGGCGAACGACCGCGAGCGCCACCGCAUGCACCUGCUGAACGAGGCGCUGGACCGGCUGCGCUGCGUGCUGCCCACCUUCCCCGAGGACACCAAGCUCACCAAGAUCGAGACGCUGCGCUUCGCGCACAACUACAUCUGGGCGCUGAGCCAGACGGUGCGCAUGAUCCACAGCCAGCAGCAGCAGCAGCCGGACGACCCCGCGUCCGCGACGGCGCCGCCGCCCGUGACGCUGAGCGUGGGCAGCGUGACCGUGAGCAUCGGCGGCGAGCGCGGCAACCUCAUCACCUCGAGCAGCGGCAGCUGCGCCGUCGCGCAGCAGCGCAGGCUCCAGGGCCAGCAGCUGUUCGCCGCCUCCAGCGCUCCAGCCUGCGCCAGCCUGCACGACGACACCUGCUCCAGCUACAGCGACCUCUCCGAGUGCUACGGCAGUCCGCCCUCCUACCACCCGCACCACUCAAUGUACCAGUGCAUGUGA